AUGCAUUCUUGCAAUUAUGAUAUCUGCUUUCAUGCCCUGUUGUUAUUUGGGUUCUUUGUUGGACUGCUCUUGUCCGUGUCUGCGAUGGACAGGUAUGACUUGAUUAUCAAAGACGAACAACAUUAUCAAACCUUCAAUGUUCCUUCAUCUGUCGUGACGCUGGCAAAACGGCAAGUAUCCCCUGACGCACCCGAUACUUCACCAAUGUUUCGCACAGAAAAACGAACAAGAAAGCGCAAAGAGCCAUCACUGCUUAAGCAUGACCAUGCUGCUCUCAAGGCAGUGAGUAUGUUCUUCAAGAACGAUCAUGUAUCAUUGGAGCAGGCUAUGGCGAGACAUAAUGUUCCAAAGAAAGGGAAUAUAAUUGCAGAUGCUCACACAUCUUCUGUACACAUAUAUACCCCCAACAGAGCAAGUCAUCAUGUUUCAGGUGGUGAGGAUCACGAUGCUGCAACGGACAUUGCGCCCUUCUCUCACGAAGUUCUACGUAAUAGUCAUGGGAGGAAGCCGGCUGGAUAUGACGGAAAGAAGCAAUUGACCGCUCGAGCUGCCGAAAAGUACAUUAUCGAUGGCACAGCAACAGAUGACAAAAAUGCCUUAGAACUGGCAAAAAGUAAGAUUGCGCAAAAGUAUCGGAAAAAGGGUACGCUUCUGGCUACUUGGAGAGAAAUUGCAAGAACAGAUCCAUCUAAAGCUCGUGAAAUGAAAACUCAAGCCCCUAGAAGAUUGAAAAGUGAAGAUUAUAUUCCUCUUCGCGCACAUCAGUUGCAUCAUCAGCGUAAAGUUGCCAGUCUGGAAAUUGGCGUGCAAAUGGCUAAAGAAGAAAAUGAAAGAGAACUUUCUCGUAAAAGAAAUAAUAGACUCAUCGCAAAAAGUAGGCCUAAGAAGCUUUGA